AUGGACGAUUCAACGGCAUCGCCAUCCACGCCGCGUCAAUAUGCCAACUUCCGCUCCGCGGCCUCGACGAACUGGCGCGUCAAAGACGACUCACCGCGCGUCGAACAGCAACAAUCACGCAGCCGUACUAACACCCCCCGUCAACAGAACGGUGGUGGCGGCGGCUCGCCAUACACUGGCGGUGCGGCUGAGGACGCGGUCCCGGGCACGAGGCUGUACGUUGGCAACCUGCUCUACACGGCGCAGAAAACCGACAUUGAAAACCUCUUUGCCGAACACGGCUUCACCGUCGCCGGCGUGAGUAUCUCCACCGAUCCCUUCACGGGUCGGAACCCGAGCUACUGCUUCGUCGAUCUGGACUCUCCCGAGGAAGCGCAACGCGCCAUUGCCGAACUCAACGGCGUCGAUGUCCUCGGACGCGUGUUGAAAGUGAGUCCCGGCGUCGCCAAGCGCGGAUCAGCAUCUGGUGGCCAGAACGGGACCGGCAGUGUCGGUAGAGAAACCCGCACGAAGACCUACGAGCGUGGAUAUGCGCGAGAUGUGAGAGAGGAACGAAGCGGCGACUACAAACCCACAUUCGACCGAUGGUCUCGCACGGACGCCAGCUCACACUGGCAAGCACCGCAGAAUGAAGGACGGAGACUGUACGUUGGCGGUCUGCCGCGCAUCGAACCCCAGGCCGCGCUCGACGAGGAGAUCCAAGUGCUCUUCUCCACGACCGACGUGACGCCCUCGGCCGUGUCGAAGCUGAUUUCGCCGCACCCCAGCAAGGCCUCGGAGCCCGGGAAUCACUACUACUGCUUCGUCGACGUGCCGCGGGCCGAGGACGUGGACGUCGUGAUCGAGCAGCUCGCGGGCAAGGAAGGGUCCUGGGGCGGUCCACUACGCGUCAGUCGCGCGAGGGGAGGCGACAGGAAGGUCACGAGGGAGCAAGGCCUGAACGCCGGUGGCGGAGAGCGAAGGUCGGCCGGGCCGGGCACGUGGAGACGAAGGGACGAUCAGGAUCAACAGCAGCAAGUGUCCAGUGAGUGA